GCUCGCCUUGCAAAAAACUGGUGCAAGCUAGCAUAGGCGUCGUUUCGCACAUCUACGCUUAGUUUUACAUAGCCCUGUCGCUGUGAGCAACAAAACGCAGCUCAACGCGAGCCAGCAGAGACCAGCACUCGUUCUCCCAAGAGAGACAGCACGCCAGCCGCCGCGCGCCACAGCAAAGAUGAUCCCCAGCAUCGUCGAGACCUUGGUGGGGGCCUGCGACGAGCUCAGCUUGCUGUUGAGAACGCUCGAGAUCACGCGGACCCAAAACUUUAUUAGCGUGAAGAGCGUGAGCACGCCGAGCGAGGCCCAGGCGGCGCAGCGCGUCGCGGCGCACAAGCGGGCGGGUCUGCUGGCCGCGGGUAGAAGUUUGAGACGGAGCUUGGAACUGAACAAGGAAUUGCUAGCAGCGGAAGAUGAGAAGAGGAGGGACCGCGCCCAGGAAGAGCGCGAGAAGGAGGACGCGCUCCCGCAGUUAAGCCAACAGGCGCACCUCCACCUCCUCUACCAAGCCCUCAAGCAGGACGAGCGCAUUCUGUUGACGUGCACGGACGGCGACUUCGCCAUGUUACUUGAUGGAGAGCACACGCUGCAUUUCUCGGUGGCGCCGCCAACCAAGAGUGACGAAGGUGGUGGGGACCCGUUGCAAUCCGGCGCGCGCCUCGCGCUCGCGAAGGCGCUGCGGGACCACUUCGAGGGCGGCCUCGCGGACCGGCCUUCCCUGGUUACGGACGCCGCCGACCUCGUCUACCACGUCCAGUUGCGGGUCGAGCUCGCGGAAUUGAUAAGGAGGCUGCGCGCGCGGGGGCUGGCGUGCCUGCCGGCGUGGGUGUCUGAUCCCGCGGCGGUCGGCGUGCCGCGGGUUGAUGGCUGAGCGUCAUUGUUUGCGUCGUCGGCGUUUUAACUACUGUGUGUCUU